AGUAGCGUGUGCAAAUUUUGUGAUCAUGAAGACCUUACAGGAUAAAAAAAAAAAAAGAAAAAAAAGGCGUUGGUGGAUAACAACACUAUACCGAAAUAGAGAUUUACAUAGUGGUAGUUUAUUGUUACAAGACCUACAAAAAGAAGACACAGAACGGUUUUUAAAUUUUUGCAGAAUGUUGAACAAUACAUUUAAUCAACUCCUCACCUUUAUUGAGCCUAAAAUGAAAAAAGGAGACACUCGAUUUAGGAAAUCUAUACCACCAAACGAAAGACUGGCCCUCACUUUGCGAUACUUGACUACAGGCGAUUCGUUUGCUAGUUUGGCAUUAUUAUUUAGAAUAUCAAAGGCAUCAAUUUCGUCUAUUAUAACAGAAGUCUGUACCGCUAUAAUUGAAGAACUUCAAGAUUACGUACAGAUGCCAAAAACUCAAGAUGAAUGGUUAAGUGUUGCUAAAACUUGUGAAGAAAUUUGGAACUUUCCUCAUUACCUUGGUGCAAUUGAUGGAAAACAUAUCCAGCUUCAAGCACCAAUUGGCAGUGGCAGUGAAUACUUUAAUUACAAAGGGUGUCAGAGUAGAAUAUUGGAUAGUGGAGUUUUUCGAAACACGUCUUUUUUCAAAUUACUACUAGAUGAAAAUAAAUUAGAACUUCCUCCAGCGAUGAUUUUGAAUGGAAGAGAAAUAGCAAUGACCUACGUAUUUGUUGCGGACAAAGCGUUCCCUUUAAAAGAAAACAUUCUCAAACCUUACCCCGGAACUCACGAAAAGGGAUCCAUCAAAAGAACGUUUAAUUAUCGACUAUCGAGAGUCCGCAGAGUUGUCGAAAAUGCGUUUGGUGUUUUAUCGGCCGUUUUUCGGAAACCAAUGUUGUAUGAACCAGAAAAGGCAACUAUUGUAGAAUUGGCAUGUAUAUAUCUACACAAUUUUUUAAGAAGAGACAAAGCAUCUAAGGAUAUGUAUUCACCAUCUGAUUCGUUUGAUCGUGAAAUUGAUGGGCGGAUUAUUGAUGGCUCAUGGAGACAUGAAGUAAAUAGUAACAUUUUACGACCAAUACAAAAAAUUGCAAGAAAAUUCCCAAGAGUUGCAGAAGAUUUAGAACAGAGUUUUCAGAAUAUUUUUCCAAUAAUGGUGCAGUAUCAUGGCAAUCGGAAGUAGCCUAGAAUUUUUUUAUAAACAUUUUUCAAUUUUUUA